AUGAACACGAAACCUUUGGGGGAUGUGACAAAUACUUUUUCCAGCAGAUCAGACAUGACAAAUAUGAGUGUGGCGCCAAAGCUGGUGGGAAAUGAUGGUGUUGCAAGCCCUAGUUUUCUUCAUCAUUUUUGUCAGUAUAUGGUCAACUAUAAUCAUUCCGUAGUAGCGCUACUUGAGCUGCGGAUAAGUGGUCACCGCGAGAAUGAAGUUAUUCAGCAUCCAAUGAUUAUCACAGUGGUGUAUGCUAGCCCAAUGGUUUCGAUUUGUAAUAAUGUGUGGGUGAGUCUUAGCGAUUUGGAUACGGGGCUAAAUUCUCUGCGGAUAAUGAUGGGUUUCAUGGUCCGCGAUUCACGUGGUCGAUGGGAUCCCUUCAUCAAAGGCUCGAUCGUUUCUUGGCUAAUGAGGAAUGGAUACGAUGUUAUCCAGACUCCAUUGUUCUUCAUCUCGAUAAGCUGGAUCGGAUCACCGACCGAUUUUAUUGAGACCUUAUCAGUUGAAAGAGGAGCUGAUAUUAUAGGUUGGAAGGAUUCGCAGAAGAGGGUCUUCACUAUUUCUAGAGCGUACGAGAAGCGUUCGGAGCUGAUUGUUAGGGAGCAGGUUCGUCCAUGGAAUGUUUUAAAAGGGUCUCGUGGACUGCCGAGAGUGAAGGCGCUGUUAUGGAAGCUUUGCCAUGGCCGAGUGUUGUCGAAUGCAAAGAGGGUAAGACGUCAUUUGGCUUUAGAUUACAGCUGUCAUAUAUGCGGCAAUGCCGUUGAAAAUGUGGAACAUAUUUUUCGGGACUACCAGUUGGUAAAAAUGGCUUGGGAGUCACUAAUAAAACCAAGUUUGUUACAGGAGUUUUUGAGUUUGGGUAUGGUGGCAUGGUUUGAGGUAAACCUCCGGAAUCCAAAUCGGAACAAGAUCAUAUUUGACCCGGAAAUCAUAAUGGGAGAGAAUGUUGUCCAACAAAGUAGUCGACUCACGGAAGAAGUGUUUCAUGCGUAUCGACAGAAGGUGCGCAACAUUAUUCCUCAGAGACAUGUUGUGAAUCGAGAUGUUGUGUGGUCGAAGCCUCUGGGUGGUUGGAUUAAACUGAACACGAAUAGUGCGCGUAAUCCUUCGUCAGGACUCUCUACAUAUGGAGUGCUUCGAGAUGAACACGCUGAAUGGAUUGCGGGGUUUGGUCAAAUCCUUGGUUAUUGCUCAGUCAUUGAUGCGGAGUUGUGGGGCCUCUAUAAGGAUCUGCUAUUGACCUGGAAUAUGAAUCAUCGGAGCAUUAUUGUUGAAUCGGAUAGCAAGGAGGCAAUUGUCGUUCUUCAAGGAGAACCCAAAAUUGAUGGUAUUUCUUCGAUGGCAAGUGAUCUUCCAAAAUAUUACGUGGGUACGGGUAUAGGGAAGGGCACCGUUCCGCCCGUUCGCCGUCCGUUCAAGCGAGCAGUGAUAUCCGACCAGCAGAAGCGUAGAGAGCUCUCGCUGCUCCGUCAAGCGCAGAAUCGUUGCAACGCUCAACAUCAAGCUCGCUGCUUGGCCUCAUCUAUUCUCUCGCUCCAGUCUUCAGCACCCGAAUCCGAACCCGAGCAGUCCGACAUCGAAAUCGAAACCGUACCCGAAACCGAAUAUGAAUCAGAAAAUUUGUCGAAAGACCUUGAUGUCCGUCGAGCUUCUACACUUCGAGGACCGGAGGUUCGAAAAUGGUUCGCGAGACAGCUUAUACUCCCUGAGUGGAUGAUCGACGUCCCUGAUCGCUUGAGCCAAGACUGGUAUGUACUUGCAAGGCCAGCUGGAAAGAGAUGUUUCGUGGUUUCAUCAAACGGAACGACUGUCAGCAGACAACUGAACGGCUCCAUUUUGCAUUAUUUCCCGUCGGCUUUACCAGCUGGAGCCAAGACCAGAAAUGGCUCGGGCUCAGCUCAAUCAUACUGUAUCCUGGAUUUUAUUUUCCACGAGUCGGAUCAGACUUACUAUGUGAUUGAUACGGUUUGUUGGAAUGGAUACUCUCUCUAUGAUUGCACUGUUGAGUUUAGAUUCUAUUGGUUGAACUCGAAGCUUGAAGAGAGCUGUGCUUGCAAUGCGCCUUCGCAUUAUCAUAAAUUUAGAUUCAGUGCUGUUUCAGUGUAUAACUGUGAUCAGAGUGGGCUAUAUGCAGCAUACACUGGAGCCGUGCCUUAUGUUAAGGAUGGAUUACUAUUUUAUAACAAGCAUGCACACUAUCAAACUGGAAACACACUAGUAUUGGUCUGGAAAGAUGAGAAUUGUAGUCAAUAUGCUAUUGACACAGAUGGUAAAGGAGAGAUUCCAAGCCAACAACAGGUAGUUUUGGAGCUACAAGAUGAUAGAAAACUGGUAACAUCAGAUGACCCUCCAGUGCUGUUUGGCUGCUUAGAUGGGGAUUUCAUAGAAAAGUCAGGGGUACAAUCAGGGAACCUUUUAAGAUUUGCUAUUGGUGAUGGAGGAUUGAGUUUUGUGGAUGGGAAGCUGGAGAAGGCUGAUUUGAUUUAUCUUGGCAAGUCCAACCGAGCACGUACUUUUGCAGAUAGCUACUCAAAGGUUAUAUUCCAGUUCAUGGUUCGGCAUUCUCCUCUAAAGAUAGAUGAUUUACUAGCAUCUAUUAACUCCCCAGAUGAUCAAGAAAAGAUACCAAGUGACAUAGAAAUGGUUGGUUGACUAUACCUAAUACAAUUAUUCAAGGUUCAAUAUUUGUGUUCCGUGCGUGCUGCUAAUUUUAAGCCCUUUGCCGAGUACAAUGAAG